UAUCAUGACAUCAUGUCUUGCCACCCAGAAAACUUUCAGUGGGAGCACUGGAGUUUUGAAAAUGUUGCUACCAUACUUGCUCGCCGGUUCCCUAAUAGCUUUAUUUGGGUUGUAAAGUGUUCUCGAAUGCACCUGCACAAAUUCAGUUGUUAUGACAAUUUUGUGGCGAGCAACAUGUUUGGAGCACCAGAGCACAGCACUGACUUUGGAGCUUUCAAGCAUCUCCACGCAUUGCUAGUUAAUGCAUUCAGACUCUCUCAGAAUAUUCUGCUGUCCCAGAAAAGUGUGCAUGGUGUCAGCAAGGAUGCAAAAAUAGCUGCUUGUAAAUCACAGCUGCAGUCUGUUCCUACAGCGAAUGGCUGCCCAUCCACAGAAAGAGAGAGAGAUUGUGAAUGCUCUAAUAAUUCUGCUAUGAACUUCAUUAUACCGUCUGCUGUAGGUGCAGCAUCGUUUACUUUGGUUGGCUUCAGUAAAGGUUGUGUGGUUUUGAACCAGCUGCUUUAUGAGCUGAAGGAAGCUAAAAAAGACAAGAAUACAGAUGCCUUCUUAAAAAAUAUAAAAGCAAUUUACUGGUUGGAUGGUGGUCACUCGGGAGGAAGCAAUACUUGGGUUACUUACCCUGAAGUGCUGAAAGAACUUGCACAGACAGGAAUUGAAGUUCAUGCUCAUGUAACACCAUACCAAGUGUUUGACACAAUGAGGUCAUGGAUUGGGAGAGAGCAUGAGAAAUUUGUACAGAUACUUGAAGAAUUUGGCGUGGAAAUAAAUGAUCAACUGCAUUUUUCUGAUGAUGUUCCCUCCUUAGAUAACCAUUUCAGAGUUCAUGAGGUAUUUUGAGACUCUGUGUAUCUGAAUAGUAUAUUCACUGUAAAAGCACUUUUGACGCUGUAAAUGUUGUGAUGUAGAUUUACAACUUUGAGCAGAUGCUGUCUGAAGAGAAUACUAAAUCAGUCCUGUGUUGCUGAUAGAUACUAUAUAUAAAUUUCAGUAGCUUAAAGAGGAGGACUGGGACCCUGUACCUACAACAGAUGUUGUCAUUUGAUUUCUGGAAAAAUGAAGAACUAUCCUAUAGAUGU